CCUGUGAAGCCACUUGUUAAAAGACUUAAAAGUACUCUUUUCCACGCACCAUAAAUACCCAGCCUAAUCAUCUCAUAGUUGCGCAGGUUUUCACCAAAUCUGACCUUCAAAACUGCUGCUAUAAUUUGAGAUAUUCAUUCAGGUUCAAUCUUUCCUCAUACAAGCCCCUCCCCACCCCCGCUCUCAUUUGUGGUGAAAAGCAUAAAUAGUUGCUUUUGCGUAUAACUAUAGAAAAGAACCUUUCCUCCACUAGCUUAUUCCUUUUACAUCCAUCAUCACCAUUUUCAAGCCCAGCUUCUCUGCAACACGAGACACUCCCUUUUGCCUCUUCUUGGUCUUAAUUUUCUCUUAAGCUUGGAAAGACCACUUUCUUCUACGGGUCGCCGCAUAUUUGACAAUAAAAGGGUUUAAGAUGAAACUUUCUAUGUCUGCCAGCAAACUAGUACAACCCCGAGUGAAUUUGGGGCUCAACCUGGAGACUAUCUUCCGCAGAAAGGAUAAGGUGGUGUUUGUAAUGGGAGCAACCGGCACCGGCAAGUCCCGUCUGGCAAUCGAUCUGGCCACCCAUUUUCCAGCUGAAAUUGUAAAUUCAGACAAAAUGCAAGUAUAUAAAGGCCUUGACAUACUAACUAACAAAGUCACUGUAGAGGAGUGCCGUGGGGUUCCACACCAUUUGCUAGGCAUAGUAGACCCAAUCUCCAAUUUCACAUCCAUGGAUUUCCAGCAUCAUGCUUCACUUGCUGUUGAAUCCAUACUUGCGGAAGGCCGGCUCCCAAUCAUCGCCGGUGGCUCCAAUUCAUACAUCGAGGCAUUGGUGAAUGAUGACCCUGAAUUUCAAUUAAGAUACGAAUGCUGCUUCCUAUGGGUUGAUGUGUCAUUGCGCGUGUUACACUCCUUUGUGUCGGAACGGGUAGAUAAGAUGGUGAAAGCAGGCUUGGUAGAUGAGGCGGAACAAAUGUUUGAUCCAAUGGCUGAUUAUUCCCGAGGGAUUAGGCGUGCGAUUGGGGUCCCCGAAUUGGACCAAUAUUUCCGUGCUGGAUCAAUUCUUGAUGCCAACAUUCGAGCUAGGAUGCUUGACACGGCCAUUUCAAAAAUCAAGGAAAAUACAUGCACUCUAGCUUCUCGCCAGUUCCAUAAAAUCUGCCGCCUUUAUAACCAACGGAAUUGGAGAAUGCACCGGAUUGAUGCCACCGAAGUUUUCCUAAAGCGUGGCGAUGAGGCCGAUGAGACAUGGGAGAGACUUGUUGCGGGACCAAGCACCAUGAUAGUGGACAAAUUCCUCUUUGAAAAAAAUCGUGUGCCCACCAUUUUGCCGUCUACCGCCUCAUCAUCGGUCCCUAUCGCCGCCGUAGCAGCCGCAUCCCGUUAAAGGUAGGACCCGCAGAAUCUCACACAUGCAAAUGAUGUCCCACGUGGCAUCACGCCACAUGGCAGGCUGGCAUCCUAUACCUCUCUCUCUCUACAUAUUUUUUAUCUGAAUUUGUUUUUGAAUGAUUAGUCAAUAGUCAUAAUUAAAAAAAUAAAGAAAAAAUAGUUUAUGGGUUGGAGAUCGGAGAAGUUAUAGUUGUAGACGUUGCUGCGAGCCCGGUCGUUAAACUGUGUACAUUUGAAAGCCGUACAAUGAAGCAUUCUAGAAAUCCAGGCAGGUUGCUUUGUUCCGUACUUGGGUGCGGGCGCCUGCAUGUAUCAUCAUGAUACAGGAGACUGUCUUCUGUGGGGUCCAAGCAUCUGUUCAUAUAAAAAGUCUAAUAAGCCAUGGGUCCCAAGUCCUUGUGUGCGCUACCCCGUAGUGGCAUUUUAGUCUCUUUAAUCUUUUGAGUGUGACAUGACCUGUGUAACUUUUUUGCUUUCUUACAUAUGAUAACAAUUAUAAUACGAAGAAAUGAAUGGAAUAUCAAAAGCUGUCCAUCUUUAAGAACC